AUGGGGAACGGCAGAGGUUUCUUUCGUUUAUCCGGCCUGCAACGCUACCUAUCCAUACUGUGUGGAGCUGCCAUGGGUCUCUUUGUGACUUGGCCACGGGAAAGUGGCGUUGCGAGGUUGGCUGAGACAGAGGUGGCAGCUGCUGAUAUUGGGCUCAGUGCAGCGGAUGUGAGAAUCCUCUCAAAUGAUGUCGGCGAUGCCAGAGACACAACACAGCCAAGCACAAAGACACCAACUUCAAGGAUGGCCCGCAACACAGAAGCGGCCAGGUUGGUGAAAGCAGAAGCUGCAAGAAUCAGCGCAGAAAAUGCAGCUCGAAAUGCUCCUUUUGAUGGUGUCAGCCAGAGCCGCACUAGGCACAUGCACUGUGUGCAGAAGGGGCAAGCUCGCAAGGAUGGAGCAAUUGAGGGUGCCACCCAGGAGGCAAAUGCGGAAGAUUGCCAACAGCGCUGUCGAUGUUUGGAGGGCUGCGACUUUUUCACCUUCUGGACGGAUGGGCAGUGUCACGUGCAGACCAAAGAUUCGAUGCCAUUCAGCGCUCCCCUGGCAGUCUCUGGUCCUCCCUCCUGCGAACACGAUGCCAGGGAGGACUUGCCGCCUUCCAUAGAUUUGCCGCAAGUGAAGCCACAGCCCGACGGAUUUGUCGGUCCAAAAGUCUAUGUCUAUCAGCUACCGGGCCGCUUUCGGAACUGGGGGCAGGAAACAAGUUGUGGCUGGGAGCCAGAUUGCAUCUUUGGCGGGCCUCCAGUUCGGGUACAUGGUGUAGACAUUUGGGCAUCAAGCCAGUUUCACAUGCCCCUCAUGCUGUACUACCGCUUCCUGCACUAUCCUUGGCUGACGCGCAACGUCGAUGAUGCAGAUGUGUUCAUCAUCCCGGCCUACAAUUUAAGACCAUCCCCAGAAUUGCCCUGUGCAAAUAACAGUGACCUGUUCGAAACACUCUACCAGUUGAAUCCCAAACUGAAGGACGAUGCGUGGGCAGCAUCCAAAGCGCCGAGACACUUGCUGAUGGAUGCACGAGGAUGGGAGACCUGCAGGUACAUGUGGGAGCUGAGCAUGCCUUUCCGCCUAGCCCACCGCAUCAACAUAGAGCUCAAUGGUCUCAUGGAGGAUGGGCCGGAAGGGUGGACAUACAACAAGCCGUUCGUUUGGUAUCAGUUUCCUUACCCUGCUGUGUAUCACGGCCCAGCCUUGUCGACGCCUGCCAAGCUUCGCCUUGCACGCCUUGCUGCGUCGAGUCCGUCGAGUCCUUCGAGCCCUUGGAGCCGAUACUUGUGGUCCUUCAGCGGGACAGGCCGUGGCCUGGCCGGACAUCUGCGCUCUCUCCUCAUCAAGGAGUGUACCAAAUGCAACAGGUGUGGCAAAGUCACCCAGGUCAGUGAGGUGACCGGGUCGGUACAACAGCAGAAAGACCGGGUCGCUGAAUACGCGCGUCUUUCGGCGAUCAAACUUCAGUCUGUCUUCUGUGCAGAGCCGCCUGGUGACAGCGUGACUAGGAAGAGCCUGAUAGACUCCAUAGUUCUGGGCUGCAUUCCUGUGAUUUUCGUCCAUCAAGAGCUUGACAUGUUUGAAGCCUUUGCAACAGCGGAGGAGUUUGCGGAAGCUGUAGUUUUUGUGCCGGAGGCGGAGCUCAUGGGACCUGAAGGUGCAAUCUCUCUUUGGGGCAAAGGAACCUUCCACGAACAUUCGGCUCAAUGGAGAAAGUUGAAAAGACUUUAUCCACAAAGAGCUGAAGUGUUUGAGGCUCUGCGCCCUCAGCAAUCGGCGGAGACACGAGAGAAGCGACUCCGCGCGCUCUUCCCAAAGCCCAAAUCCAUUACGAGUGUUUUGGCUUCGAUAUCUGAAGAGGAAAUCCAAGCAAAACAACGAGCUCUCGCUAAGAUCUCUCAUCGUUUUGUGAUUGGACUGGAUGACUCCAGUGAGGAUGCCCUGCGCAUUUUGCUCAAUCGCAUUGUCUCCAAUGACAAACUUGUGGCAAAACGGAACCGGCAAAGCACUCUGUCCUAA